CCCUGUUGCGUAAGGAGGAGGACUUUUCCUUCUAUUUUCUUUCCUUCCUCAACUUUCCCGGUAACCAAACAUUUGAAAUGGAAAGGAGGAAAAUGCCUCGUAUGUCGUAUCAUUUCCUUCCCCAGUAAUCAACCAAAGAUGUGACAAAGCCACAAAGGAUUGGACAAGUAGAAUUUAAGUUAGUGGUAGAUUGGUCAUUUCAGAUGGGGGUAAAUGCCGUAAUUACCUUAUCAGAUGGAUAGAAAUGUGUCAUUUCACAGAGUUCUCCCAUCUUUUAUAUUCUCCACACGCAACCCCUUCCUCACUCGCCUCAAAACCCUAAUAGAAAAUCUCCCCCAUUUUUUCAACUCAUAUCAAAUCCAAGCUUGAAUCGCCGAAAAUCUCUUAUCGUUUUCUCGAGAAGAGUCCAUGGGUUCGAAAUCGAAAAGCGAUAAUCCUCAUACAGGCGAUGGCGCGAGUCCCGGGAAGAUUUUUAUCGGAGGAUUAGCGAAAGAUACGACCUAUGCGACAUUUAAUAAGCACUUUGGGAAAUAUGGAGACAUAACUGACUCUGUGAUUAUGAAAGAUCGGUACACGGGCCAGCCAAGGGGCUUUGGAUUUAUUACCUACGCUGAUCCUUCAGUUGUUGACAGGGUUAUUGAAGAUACCCAUGUCAUUAAUGGAAAGCAGGUCGAAAUUAAAAGAACUAUUCCAAAAGGCUCUGGACAGUCAAAGGAUUUCAAAACAAAGAAGAUCUUUGUUGGUGGAGUGCCAUCAACAGUCACUGAAGAUGAAUUCAAGAAUUUUUUCUCGAAGUAUGGGAAAGUUGUGGAACACCAGAUUAUACGUGAUCAUGAAACCAACCGGUCUCGAGGCUUUGGAUUUAUAAUAUUUGACAGUGAGGAAGUUGUAGAUGAAAUGAUAUCCAAGGGAAAUAUGAUUGAUAUGGCGGGUACUCAGGUGGAGAUCAAGAAAGCUGAACCAAAGAAAGCCUCAAACCCACCACCUGCGCCUGCAUAUGGUAGCAACUCUAGGGCUCGUUCUUUCAGUGAUGGCUUUGGUGGAUUUGGCAGCUCAUAUGGGGGCUUUGACAGUGGGUUUGGCCCUGGGCCCUAUAGGACUCCUGGAGGUGUUGGCGGUAGGCUUGGUGGAUAUGGUGGGUAUGGUAGUAGUGGCAGUGAAUUUGGCGGUGGUUACGGGGGUUUUGGCAGCAGUAGUUUAGGAGGUUACCGAGGUGAAUCUUCCCUUGGUUAUUCUAGUCGGUUUGGACCCUAUGGUGGCGGGUUUAGUGGGGGUUAUGGAGGAAGUGGUCUAGGUGGAUAUGGCCGAGGGGGUGAGGGCUAUGGGAAUUAUGGCGGUUCAGGCUACAGUGGUGGUUAUGACUCUGGUCCUGGAGCUAGUUAUGGCGGAGCAGGUGGGCUGUAUGGAAGGGGAGGCUAUAGUGGCAGUAGUCGGUACCAUCCCUAUGCAAGGUAGAAAAAGAGGCACUUUGAUGCAGUUGCUUAAGCUUUGCCAUAGAAGUUACACACAGGAUCCUCUAGUUUCCUGCACUAUGCUUCUUGCAAUGAUAGGUGCUUUCUUGCAAGGACUAGAGGUGUCUCACAUUAUUGCAAUUGGGAAGCAUUGAAAGAUCUGAAGAGUUUUAUUAGACUGUCUUUUCUACUGUAUGGCUUAGACAACACUUGGUAGAUCGCUCCGAUAGCAUGUGGUGUCUAUGCUUGUUGUCAUGUUUUAGACUAAUUUCUAUAUGUAGACUAUGGCACCUUAUUUUGGAGUUUGCUUACAUUUGCCAUUAGUUUGUUCUAGAUAGACUAUUCUUGUGGUUUCCUUUUAGCUUGUUAUCUUUACUCUAGUACUCUGACAUUGGUCUAAAUAUGGUCUUUUUAGUUUAA